CCCAUAUUGCUUUGCUGCUUCCGCUGUUGACGUCGGGCUCGAAAAUCAAAUUGUAUUUUUCUUCGCUCAGUAAUUGUACGAAAGAAGUGUUAUGAAAACCCUGAAAAGAAAGUUUCCACGAACGACAGUCAGGACGUCCAUGCGUAAAAUGAUGUCAGAGAAAGCCGGCGCUCCCAUACAUUUGAACAAGAAUGUUGAAUUAUUGACAUACCUCAUGUACAUGAAAUUUAUACAGAGGCUGGCAGAAAAGACAGACGAGGUUGCGCGUGAGAAUAAAGAGACUGUUAUUACAGAAGAACAUGUGAACAAAGUCAUGAAGGGAGUCCUGAAGAGUUGUCAAGGAUGAGUGACACAUGAGACAGGCUGUCAGGAAUCCAACAGAACAUUGUACAUAUGGGUCAGGCUGUCAAGAAUCCAACAGAACAUUGUACAUAUGGACUUUUCCAAAACAAUUCAAGAUGUAAAACAAUAAGCCACACUCUCUACUGCCUUUGUUGUGGUUGAAGGAUUAUAUUUUUUCAUUUACAGUUUUAAACUUUACUUCUUUGAGUACUGAACAUAAAGAUUUGUUUUUAUUAAGUUUUAUCAUUCAGUGAUGUAGAUUUGUUUUCACGGAACUGGAAAAAAUGGAAAUGUAGGUGAUCCCUUAAAAGUACCCAGUAUUCUUAGUAGGUGGUUGUUUUGACUAGCUACCAACUCUUUUUAACAUCAUUGAGCAUAGCAAACACUAAAAUAAUACUGUAAAUCUUUUAUGUCAUUGAUUUGAAUACCUUGUGACUCUUGUGUCUUUAAAGUGUGGUGGUCGUCGCGCCGCACCGCGCAUAUAUGACAUUUGUGUUGAUAAACAUUGAUUUUCUCGUGAUUCAAUGAUUCUUGUAAUGAAAACUUGACCCAAGUGUAACAUGCACUAAUUAGCACCUGUGACUUCUUCGAUACCAUCCAUUCACCAAAGAAAUUACCUAGUUAAAGCAUGUUAAUGUCUCAGUUUUUACUCGUUGGUCUGCACUAGUCGAAAUCUCCGUCUUUGUUCAUGUGAGUACCAUAUCUCAAGCAUGCGUGGUGCCUUUUAAGUUCCCUGUAGAAUAUUCAUUUACAUGAAAUUAAAGCAAUUUACCAUAA